ACUCCCUAACCAAACAACAGCAUACACAAAUCUCGUAAACAAAAAUGGCAACCACUCCCCACACACCUAACAAACACACAGAACAUACACAGGGCAAAGCAUCUGAAUCCGAGGGGCGCACAAAGACGUAAACCAAAAACCGGGCAAGAGAUCGAAACCAGAAAGCAAUCAAAUCAAGGCAAAGGUACAGAUAAGGGCAAAGCGAAUAAUCAAAAAUCAAUAAACCGAAACUGCCAUACACAAUAAUCCAAAUCAAAGAAAGCAAACCAACAAUAAUCAGAAAAUGAGCAGAGCUUCCGAAAUUUCUUGUUGUCAAGUUCUUCACCUCGGCCGGACGGAAGUGACAGAUGGUCUUGCGGGGAGUCGUGGGCGGGGUCCGGACGGGGAGGCGGAGCAAAGGUCGGUUGGAGUGGAACUGGCGGUGGGCAGAGCUGGACAAACAUCGGCGUGUAACACCCCCCAUACAAUUGUGAACGUCACAGGGCUCACAAUCAAAUAUAAUUGAAAUCAUUAUAUAAACACUUCCCCACAACAAAUUUACAAAAGUCACGUACAUGAGAGUGCCACAGCCGCGAGGUUACUGGCUCCUUUCUUGUGGACUAAAGGCAAACAAUCCAUCCCGAGGUGCAGAAUAUCAAGUUCAGGCAAAUAUUCACGCAACGGCACACUAUCCCCAGCAGAGAGGAACUGAAUAGGAGCAGACGAAAGAGCAGGGUCAGAACAAUCAACGUAAGGUUUCAACCUGUUUACGUGGUAAGUUUUCCAUUUUCAGUUUGGAGUUUCUAAUACAUAAUCGGUGGGAUUUGCCGUUUCCUGUACUCUGCAGGUACCUGAAAACCGUGCUCGGAGAGGCGUGCUGGGCAGGAGCAAAAGGACCAACACACGAUCUCCCUCCUGGAAAGUUUGUUCUCUUGCUUUCCUAUCAAAGUGAGCUUUCAUUACCUCCUGUUACGAACUUAACAAGCGCUUUGCCAAUUCCCUGGCUGCACCAAGACGCUCACGCAGAGACUUUACAAAGCUCAGCACAUUCUUUGCCUGAGUAGGUGGACUCGGGCACAACCACUGCUCCUGCAGUAUCUUUAAAGGGCCGUACACAGUAUGCCCGAAGACCAGUUCAGCCGGACUGAAACCAGUAGAUUCCUGCACAGUAUCCCCGAAUCGUCAUGGAUAGCACUGAGGAAUCCCCAUCGUCGUCUCAGCUAUGCCCCUCCGGGGGUUCCGAUCGAUAGGGCUUCCCCGAGGUUCCGCGUCCUGUCAAUCAGUUUUUCUGGCUGUACCGGUUGCUCCCAUUCCCACUCCCAGCUGUUUCUUGUUUUCCCCGGUUUCGGUUUCCCUAUAUCAGGCAACUCGGUUCUCCGAUCAGUGCGAGAUCUUCAUGGUGUGCCCUGAGUUCGAGCGUUUUCUCCGGUGUGUGUCUAUCUGUGUCUUGACCUCUGCUACGUUUCCUAGACUCCGAGUUUCUGCCUGCCCCCCUUCUGGACCAACGCCAAUCGCCCGACCCCUGCCUGGACUCUCGACCGUGUUUUACGCCUCUGGCAUCGGUCUGAAAGGAGGCAAUCGCCCGACCCCUGCCUGGAUUUCCGACCGUGUUUCAUCUGUACCGACAGCGAUCACCAAACCUCCCCGCCUGAGUUUCGGCUAUGGUUUCAGGCUCAGCCCCAGGUACUUCUGACAUCUCUGUGGAGAGUAUUAAUAAAACAACGAGACUUACAGCAGAGCCACGUCAGUGUCUGUCUUCUUGCCUUCACAACAGAAGAUCUCACUUACAAGAUGGACCCAGCGGAUCAGGAUGGAGUCCAGCGCAAUACAGAAGCCCUGGGUAAACAGGGGAUUAUCCUGGGACAGCAUCAGUCCGAAUUAUUGGCGAUCGGGGAGUCCCUGGAGAUGUUCCACGCAGGCUUGACGGGAUUAGCCUCCCAGGUCCAGCAGCUCCAUUCCAAUGCCCUCGCCACUUCAGUAAGCCGAUCGACGAACGAACCUCACCUGUCACCUCCCAGUUAAUACAAUGGGGAUCCGGGUUCAUGCUGGUCCUUUUUGUCACAAUGAUCAAUUAUUUUCAAACUGCAACCCUCCACCUUUCCGACCGAGCGCUCCAGGGUAACUUAUGUGAUUACACCGCUCACCGGACUGGCAAGGGAAUGGGGGACUGCAGCCUGGGACACCGGAGCUCCAUUCUGUGCAUGCUUUUCCAGCUUCGCAGAAGAGAUGAGGUGCAUUUUCGAUCGCUCCAUAUCCGGAAGAGAAGCAGCGCGUGAGUUAAUGCAGCUUCGCCAGGGACAUAGCUCUGUUUCUGAGUAUUCUAUCCGUUUCUGCACCCUGGCGAUGUCUUGCGGAUGAGGAAGGACAGCUCAGUUCGAUGCUUUUUACCAGGGGUUGUCUGAAGGCAUUAAGGACGAGCUAGCCACUCGCGAUCUCCCUGAUGAUUUAGAAGACCUCAUCGACCUGGCUCUCCAUGUGGACAACCGGCUUUCCCAGCGCAAGAGGGAACGGCGGGAAGGAGCAAGUGUUUCUCGGGCCGCCGAGCCCACUGUUAACCCCCUAGAGGCCAUGCCGGAGAUGAUGCAGGUUGACAGAGCUCGGUUAUCACCUGCCGAACAGCAGCAACGUGUUUCCUCUCGGGCGUAUGUUGGAGUCAACCGCUCCACCGAGUCCGUUGAUGAGAAAAUGAUCGUUUCUGGAGACGUGGUAUAAGUAAAAUGAUACUUUAUUACCGUUACCAAAGCUUUGGGGAACAGUCACUCAGCAAUCUUUCAUGCGUCUUGUGAGCUGCUCUCCGAACAACAGGUGGAUACAUUCUUUAUAAGCAAAAAAGUUGCAACACAUCAGCAAAGAAUUGCGACAUAUCAGCAUAUUAAUUAUUAAGCAUCUUGUGAUCAAUAGGGGGAGGUGACUGGGCAGUGGAAAUUAGUCUGUGGUCACCUUGCUAUCGGUGAUCAUCAGGGCAGGGGUGGCUGAGUGGUAGAAUUUAGACUGUGGUUACCCUGUUAUCAGUGACCAUCAGGACAAUACCAGAAUUAACCUUCCCUGCAGCCGUCCCCUGAGGCUGUUAUCGCCCUUGCAUCUCACUUGUCCCUCAAGCCCCCUUCCCCGUGGCUAUUUAUAUUGUUUUAUGUUGCAACAGCUUAGUUCUCAAACUUAGAUCUAUACCCUAGUUUGGGCCUCUUGCGACAUACUAGUUCCGCACUUAAAGCAUUACAGCCUGCUACAGAAUCAUUGCAUCAUCAGAAGUUUGAGACAGUAAGGUCAUAUAAUAAUCAUACAAUUAUAUAUAUGCAUCUCUGUUUAACAAUUACUUCUGGUAAUGGUUUCAAGCAGACAGGUGUUUCUUGUUAUUUUAGCAAGCUCUAAGUCGCAUAAACAUGUUCUACCUCACGUGGUCUACAUCCUCACGCACGCCCUGUCCUCCUGACCAUCUUGCUCACCUCUGCCAUUUGCCGUUUCCCACACGUGCCUGUAUUGCGGGAAGAUGGGACAUUUCGUCGCUUCAUGUCCAGUAAAAGGACUCGCCCACCAGUAAGGAGGAGGGUACUGGUGGGCAUGGCUUCAGGUUUGCCCUCUUCUCCCCAACGCACUAUAUUGUCGGCCGUGGUGUCAUGGGGGAACCAGCAGCAGUCGUUGGCUGCCCUUAUUGAUUCUGGGGCCGAGGACAGUUUCAAAGACGCUGUCCUGGUUCAGCAAUGGAAGAUACCCACAACACCAAUUCAAGUGCCCCUGGUGGCUCAAUCCCUCACGGGAAGAAGAAUGGCCCAGUGACCCACGCUACUAUCCCGAACGAGAGGGACCAUGUGCAGCACGUCCACGAAGUCCUCCAGAGGCUCAUGGUGAACGGCUUAUUUGUGAAGGCCGAAAAUUGAAAGUUCCACCAACGCACCAUCUCCUUUUUGGGAUUCAUUCUCGCAGAGGUCAUGGUCAGAAUGGAUUUCCCCAAGGUAAGGGCUGUCAGCCAGUGGCCGCAGCCUUGCACACGGAAGGAUCUGCAGCGCUUUUUAGGGUUUGCCAAUUUCUACCGGCGUUUUAUCCAGGGUUACAGUACGGUUGCUGCCCCUCUCACAGCUCUCACGUCUUCCAAGGUUCCGUUCCAGUGGACUCCUGAUGCCCAAGACGCCUUCACUGACCUACGGAAUAGGUUUACCUCUGCUCCCAUUUUGCAGUUACCUGAUCCGUCUCAUCAGUUCAUCGUCGAGGUGGAUGCCUCGGGUACAGGAGUUGGGGCCAUUCUGUCCCUGCGCUCUGUUAAGGUGCACCCCUGUGCCUUUUUCUCUCGUAACCUGGCGUUGGCCGAGAGGAAUUAUGACAUUGGAAACCGCAAACUGCUGCCGAGGAAGUUGGCUCUGGAGGAAUGGAGGCACUGGUUGGAGGGGACAACGGACCCGUUCUUGGUCUUGACCAACCAUAAGAACCUUGAAUACUUACGGACCGCUAAACGCCUGAAUGCCUGUCAGGCUAGGUGGUCUCUGUUUUUUGCCCGUUUUAACUUUCUGUUCUUGUUUAGACCAGGGGUGAAGAACUGCAAGCUGGACGCUCUGUCUCGACAGUUUGAAGGGGAGAACCGUAAGGACGACCCCAGUCUCAUUCUGCCACCCAGCCGCUUUGUUGGAGCUGUAGCCUGGGGUAUUGAGGAGGCCAUCCAGGCAGUUCAGCGAUUCUUCCACCCUCCUGCAGGGGGUCCUCCAAACAGGCUCUACGUCUCCAAGUUUCUACAUCCAUCGAACGCUCCAGUGGGGACAUGCUUCCCUCCUAGCUUGCCCAGGAAUCCGGGGAACUGUCCCCCUUCUAAAGCAACGUUUUUGGUGGCCCACGAUGCUUCAGGACAUUCGGAGCUAUAUCGCUGCUUGCCAGAGGGGAACAUGGGCAUUCUUACUGUGGUCGACCGAUUCUCUAAAGCUGUUCACUUCAUCCCCAUCCCUAAGCUCCCUUCUGCAAGAGAGACCGCUCAGUUAUUGAUUGACCAUGUAUUCAAGCUCCAUGGACUGCCGACUAACAUUGUUUCUGACAGGGGUCCCCAGUUCAUGUCACGCUUUUGGCAGGAGAUCUGCACGUUACUCAGCGCUACCGCAAGCUUGUCUGCAGGUUUUCACCCUCAGACUAACGGUCAGACAGAGCGUGCCAACCAGGAUUUGGAGCGUUUGUCUCCUUUCCAGUGCUGCCUGGGAUACCAGCCUCCCCUGUUUCCGGCCCUAGAAGAGGAGGUCACGCCCUCUGGCUUCCCGUGUCUACCUCCACCCCCGCCCCGAUUGGUGGAUGGGGGCGAGGUGUUCACAGUCCGGCAGCUGUUAGAUGUCCACCACAGGGGAUGGGGCCUCCAGUACCUGGUGGACUGGGAAGGUUAUGGCCCUGAGGAACGCUCCUGGGUGCCGGCCCAUUUUGUUCUUGAUCCCUCGUUGAUUGCGGACCUUCAUCAUCGUCGUCCGGACCUCCCGUCUCAUCCGCCUGAAGGUGGUCGUUGGGGGUGGGGUACUGUCAUGGAUAGCACUGAGGAAUCCCCAUCGUCAUCUCAGCCACGCCCCUCCGGGGGUUCCGAUCGAUAG